CUUGUCAGACGUUACGUCGCGAUGUCUGCGGCUCCUCAGUGUUGGCUGCUUUGUGCGAGGGGGAAACGACGCGGAGAUGUUCGGGCGGACCAGAGAGCCCAGAAACACAUGAACAAGUGCAUUUGAGAAGCCAAGAGGAAGCGAGCCAUGCAGAGUGCAAGCCAGUCCAACAGUGGUCCAAACACCGUGACCACAGCAACCACAGAGAAACCACUGGACACUGAGACUGAAGCUCAGCCAGGACAAAGUGAACCAGAUGCACAAAAAGAGGAGAAUAAGUCAGCUGCUCCUGCUGAGACUCGAACACCAAUCGCACCACAAGAAAAUGGGACACGGGCAGAAGCACCUGCAAGUAUGACAGUCACACAAGCAGUGGAGGAUGAGCCUGCUGUUGAGUCACUGACUGAGUCCUCUGAUAACACCGCAGGGGAGGAGCUGGACUCGGCUUCAAAGCCCAAUGCCCCCACAGAACCGGUACCUGAUACAAAUACAAAUUCUGGGUGUGAUGGGCAAAAGGCGAAGAAACAGGACAAAGGUGUACGUGAUGGUAGGAAAUAUGUUCCCUCCAAGAAGGCGAUGGUGGAUCCUUUGAAGAUGGAUAUGUCCAAACCGCUGGUUAUGCCUCUGACAUCAUCUCAGCUCUCCCUGCAGUGCAUCGAGUGUCACAUAAUCUUCAGUGAUCACAAGAGUAAAGAGCGUCAUCUGAAGUUGAGCCACCCAGCAGAAUAUGAACAAUGCAUACUGAGGAAUGCUCUUUUCGCCUGCUACGUUUGUGACCGCCACUUCACAAACUCCACAGAGCUCAUGGCCCAUCAGAAAGCCCACAUAGAGAAGAAACCCUUCAAGUGCCCAAUCUGCGGCCAUGCCUUCAACAAGUCAUCAGAGCUCACCCUUCAUAAAAAAAUACAUUUUGGCCUGGAUGGUUAUGCCUGCACUGACUGUGGUAAACCUUGCAAAACCAUGACAUUGCUGAAGUAUCACCGCCGCACACACACUGGAGAGAGACCGUAUGUUUGCAAGGAGUGUGGAAAGAGGUUCACCAUGUCCAAAGCUCUGCAGAAACAUAUGGUGUCACACUUGCCAGAGGGAGCUGAAGGAGAUGGGGGAGAUACCCCAACUAAAGCACAACUGAAGAACGAUGAUGGUCCUUCUACAAAGUAUCCUUGUUCUGUAUGCAAGGCCACUUUCAAGAGUACCAAGACACGCCUACAUCACAUGAAAACUAAGCACAAUGUGUUGCCUGCUGCAGCCAGUAAUGCUCUCCCUGCUGGGCAGCAAGUGAAACAAAGUACACCCAUCAUAACUCCAAUAUCUAUUUGCCAAUCAGCACUACUACAAGUGGAGCCCAAUGGACCUCUGCAAAAAGUUGAUGCUAAUAUUGAUACAGAGCAGAUUCGCAGACUUAUUGAAUCUUUGGGAAAUGUACAGAAAGUGAACCAAGUUGUCAUAUUGGGGCAGGUGCCACCUCAUGCCCCACCACUCGAAGUACAGCAGAUAUCACAAUUGGCAGAACCAAUGAAUUUAAAUCUCAAUCCACCACAAAUAGAUUUCAUGGGACUGAAACAGACAGAAUCCAGGACACUUGUAUUGGACCCUUCAAACAACCCAUGUGAUUCAAUGGAACACACAAUUAUACUGGAACCUAUAACACCAGAUGGACAGUUAGAAAACCCCUCUUUCGCAGAACUAGGUACCCACAUAGCAGCAGGUGAAAAUGUAGAGCUAACACUUGUUUCGACUGAACAAACAGAGAGACCUGAAGGAGAGGUAAUGCAUCAGAUCCUCCAACAACCCGAUAUUAGUGCAAUUCAGUCUGAUCCUAUUGAUCAAAUGGUUUGUCAGAACGAGGAAGUUGUCCUGAAAGAAGACCUUGAGCAAACAGUUAUAUUAGAACUUACCCCUGCCUUGAUACCAACCAUGGAGCUGGAACAAUCCCAAAUUAUACCUGAGAAUGAAAUCCCAUCCUCCUCUCUGGUACCAACCACUGAACUAGAGAAGACUCCUGAUCACACUGUAAUAAAUGAUCAGACCAGCCUGUCAGCCCCACCACUUUUGCAUACAGUUGAGUUGGAGCUUACACCCUUACAAAGAGAACAACAGGACCUUCCUCCUUGCCCUUUUGUUCCACCAGACACACUUACACAAGCGUCAAGUGAAUCUGAAACUAAUCCUAAAGAACAGGAUGAUUUACAGAUGCAAACAGUAAGUCUAGAUCAGGUUCACCCUGUGAUGGAUAAAGCCGCACCACAAGAGACACAGGAAAAGACUAAUCAAGUACCAUUUGAACAAGAGCCAUCUGAGAAAUUGCUGUUAGAUAGCAAGGAUGGUGAGGAGCAGGUGGGGAACCUGUCUGAAGUAGAGGUCCCAUCCACUAAAGAAGAGGUUCCAUCACAAUUAGAGACAAAGCAGGUGCCACAGAUCUCAGAGUUACCCGUAAAUGUAAUGUCAGCUCAAGAACUAGUUAAAGUGCGGAAAAGAAAACCAGCCAGAGCAUUUAUUUUUCAAGGAUAUAUGCAAGAACUGGUCGGAUCCAUACACAGGGAUGAUUUACAAAUUGAUGCCCCACCUGCUAAACGCCAAAGAAGAAAAAAGUCACAUCUUGUUGUUAAAUUUGGUCCACAAAGCAAAGACAAGAAAAACAAGAAACAGAAGAAGCCAUCACGACAGUGUCAGUCAGUGCAGGAAGAUGUGAUGAGAGGUAAAACACCACCAACAAAUCUCUCAGAAAAGAAAAUACCAUCACAGAAGAAGGGAAGAAAAGGGAAAAGAGACAAGAAAGCAGGACAAUUGGUAUCUACAACUGAAAUAAAAUCACCUGCACCAACCCAGGGCCCACAGGAGCAACAAAUUAAAGAAGAUACAAGAAAAAAUAAAAUGAAGAAGCAAAAAGAAGUGGCAACAGAGGUUGUUCCACAUAUAAUUGAGCAAAAAAAUGUAGGCUCGGCUGUAUUUAAAAAGAAAAAACAAGCAAAAAUAAUGCAAAAUGAUCUGCCCAAGAAUGCAAAGGAUGGGAAGCAAAAGAAAAACCUGGCAAGAGAGGAAAAAGAAAAAACAAGCACAGCUUUAACAGACAUACCUGGCCCGCACAUAACGCAAGAUGCUCUACUUCUACUGAAAGGUCAUAAACAGCCCCAGCUGAAAGUUUACAAGUUAGACACUUCAAAGGCAGCAGGCAAGACACAGGAAGCUUCACACCAUGAGUCGCAAACAAUGCCCCAACAGAGUAAAGACAACAGAUGCAAACUUCCGACAAGUGAGUCUACAAAUAAUCUCACAGCAGAAGGAAAGAAAAAAGGAGGGAGACCCAAAAAGAACCAGAAAGCGAUUUCUUUGUUGUCUUCGCUACAGGUUUCCCAUAACCCACCUGAGACAGUGCCCACCAAGCCAAAGACCACCAGGAAACGUAAAGCCUCCUCAAAAGUGGAGACUGAAGGAGUGAUAACUUCUUCUCAUUCCAAGCGUGCCUUAGAGUGUAAGGACUGUGGGGAGAGAUUCAGUGAAGUCUCGUCCCUUCAGAAGCACAAGGCGAUGGUGCAUAUUGUAGAGAGUCCCGGUCUUACUUACACCAAUGGGAACAUUUUUGAAGGCGUCUCAGGGUUGGAUCUUUACCAGCCUCCAAAACGGCAUGAGAAGGUUGGUGUGAUGAAUGCUGCUACAGACUGGGACACUGAGCCUGAGAUGGGAGAAAUUGCAUUAGAAGACAGAGACCGAAGUGUCUCUUUUCCAGCUUUGAUUCCAUCCCCCUCUUUACCUAUUCCUCCUUUGGAUAUUGAACUGAGUGAAGAUAAAGGUGGAAGUAAAACAGUAGCAGAUGAUCAAUCUCAUACCUUGUCAGAAGUACACUCACCAUCAGAUCAAAUGAAAAACGGUACGACCCAUCCAAAUUUCACAUCUGUAUCAUUAAAUACCAGUAAUCAGACAAAGAGUUUGGAGACACGAGAGCAUUUGACAUCAGAUGAGGACAAACAAAAAGAUGGUAUGCGGAAGAAUACUAGUUCCAAAUCUGAAGUCCAAGUUACCACGGAUGAAGACAUUAAGGAGGAUUUACUACUUGAGGUAGAUUUAGUCACUGUUGGAGAUCAAAAUGAGAGAGAUGAACCAACUUCUCAUGAAGACACUGUUUCACAAAGUGAAUCAGAUGAAACCGGUAAUACUGAAGGUGGAAGCACUGGGCAAGUUGGUAAUGAAACAACUGAAAAAAGUCUAACUUCACAGACUGUGUCAUGCUCCACUCAUCAAGUGGAAAUCAAAGAAGAAGAGGAAGAAAUCUUAGUUCAGAAGAAAAAAGGAGUGAAAGGAGCUGUUACGAGAAAUGCUACAAGGAGUAAAAGAAGAGGAACAGGCCGUCUAAGAAGUGACGUGAUAUCAAAGAGAGUUUUAGGUGGAAAUACUGUCAGAGAAAAAGAAUCAGAGAAAGAACAAGAAGAAUGUCAGGUAGUGUACGAACAACGUCCUAUCCUCUCUGAUUCAGAAAUUAACGAUGAAGGUGAAACCAGUACAAAAACUUGUAAUCCAGAGACCAUUCCUGAAUUGAAUGGGGCCAACAAAGCGACUGCCCCUAUACCAUCUUUGUCUUCCAUGCCCACUACAUUAGAGGAAUCUCCUGAAGACCAAGUCGUGUUUGAGCUGGAGUCGGUUACCACAAGUGUUGAGGAGGUAAUGAAUGAAAGAGGACUACAAGGACAAGAGGAACACAACAGGGACCAGUCUCCAGGCAUCAUACUUGAGAAGUUCCUCACAUCUAGACAGAGAGCGACUGCUGACAAGGAAGUGUGCCUGAUGACAGUGAGGAACAAUCAAAUACAGGGUAUGGACAGCAGUGCUGAGAAUGAAGUACAAAACAUUGGGAGCAAGGAGAUCAAGGUUGAAGAGAAUAUCUCAGAUCCACUACUGGCACCAGCCACCUGUCAAAAUAGACAGAAUGCAACUGUGCAGUCACAGCACCAUCGUGAUAUAAGGACUGUUCUAGUGAAGGAGGAGAUCAGAUUUGUGCUAAAUGAGGUUCAGGACACACAGGGCAGCAGACACAUACGAUGGAAUGUGGAGCCAGUCAACAUCGAAAACAGCUCCAGUCCAUUAAUGGAGAGUGGAGACUGCCGAGUCACGCCCGAGUUCAACACCAACCAGUGUAUCUUCUAUCCAGUGAAGGAGGAGGAGAGGGAGGUUCUACUGGGAGCUGCUCAGAUCAACAAUGGGAAUUUAACUACAGGGACAUCCAGUGAUACCUUGCAAAUAGGACAUCAGGCAACAGAUACUAAUUUAACAGUAGAUGAAAGCAGCCAUUCUGCACCAGACUACCAGGAAAUGAGAGUGAGGGGGCUGUUGUCAGAACCUGGGAUCAGGGACUUUCCAGACGAACAAGCUCAGGAAGAUUCUGAUUGGCAGCAUAUGCCAGACCUCGGAGACUUUCUGCUCCAGAGCUCUGAUGAAGAGGAUGUUGGUGGUUUUGAAUUAUCCGAUCCUCAGGUUGACUCGGAAGCAGAAGUAAUGGCCUAUUUCUCCAAGAACCAAACAAAUCGUGCACAGCAGCCAGAUGGAAUUUUGUCAACUUCAACGAGCCAGCUCCAAACACCAAGAGCAGAAAAUAGGAAGAGAGAGCCUAUUGAUUACUUCUCCAAGUAUUUUGGUUGGGACACCUGGGUGGAGAUUGCCAGUUGCACACAUAAAUUGUCCAACAUGCCCAACCCUGUCACAGCCAGAGAGGUUGCACAAUUUAUUGGGAUCCACAUUGCAAUGGGAACUUUAAGGUUUCCCAGUCCGAGGCUCUACUGGGAGGAUUUGACUAAGGUGCCCUUGAUUGCUGAAGCCAUGCCGCUUUCCCGUUUCCUUGAGCUGUCUCGCAUGUUGAAGCUUGCCUCUCCUGCAAAGGAUCCACUCAACAGUAAUGUUCAUGAAGGAAGAAGUGGUAGUGACUUUCCAAAUGUACAGAAAGGUAUAUAUCUCUCAAGCAGUCAAGGUGAAGUUUCUCAGCAUUGUGACAGGGAGAGGCAAGGGAACACACCAAAUGACCUGACCAGUUCAAAAACACAGAGUGAUCCCCUGUGGAAGGCUCAACCAUUAUUGUGCCGAUUCAAAGCAGCGUGCCAGUCGCUGAAACGAGACCGUGAUUAUGCAGUUGACCAGUACCCACUUCCUCUGACUGGGAUAACACACAAUAAGAAACUGUCUCUCCACUGUACCACAUUAAUUGGAUUUGAUGGUUUGCUCUUACACGUGGAUCUUAAAUUGGGUCUGUCCAGCAAAGAAGAUGCUGUUGAAAAAAUGGUCCCCAAAGGCAGCAUGGUGUUUCUUUGCAAACAGGAACUGUCCACCCCUGCUAUGCUGGAACGUCUGUUAGUUGCCGGAGUUCAUGGAGCAGGCAGGGUUGGAGGAGCCCGAGGACAGAUCGGAGAUGAGUUUGUAAGCUCCGAUGGGAAGCUGAUGUUGCGCAGAUCACACUGUGGCUUCAUACUUUCCACUGCUGGAAAUGGCCAGAGGAACAUGGCUUCACUCAUUGACAACUUUGAGAAGGCCCAGGUGUCGGCUCAACUCAACAGAGAUCUGCUAAAGCUUUACUCUAUCCCUCUCACUGCCUCUGCACCAACCUGCUGGCCUCAAGCGGUGCUUUGGUACCUAACAGAUCUGGCUUUGGUCAACUCCUGGCUCCUAUACAGACAGGAUCACACAGCAGCGUCUGCACCUUUGACUCUCAUGGCUUUUAGAUUGGAGGUAUCCAAGGCUUUGAUCCUCUCCAGUGGCUCCGAUACCCAGGACUCAGUUCCCCCUCAACCUCCCAUGGAGAAGGCUCAUGCAUCAAAUGAAAACCCUAAUCCCAGCCUGGUAGAAGAAAGCCCUAUGCCAGAUGCAGCCACACGUUAUGAUGGUUCAGGCCACUGGCCUGAGCAGCUUGCAGAGGGAGAAGGAGGCAGGUGUCGUUUUGGGGACUGUCAGAGAACAUCUCGAGUGUUAUGCCUUAAGUGCUGUGUCUUUCUUUGUAUCUCACGCAACCACAACUGCUUUUUAAACUUCCAUAAUCAAGAGGGUUUGGGAAAAGAGUAGUGUCAACUACAGACUUUACACUCUGUCAACAUUUUGCAUUCUGGUUUAGAAUGUAACUGUGUUUUUGGUGUUUGUCGACCCAGCUAAUCAAAAAAUAGAAGCAUCUCCUUGUGUCCUUACAACUUUUCCAUGAUGCCUUUUACCUGGCAGUGUCAUUGUUUUGCAGGACUAUUGUGCUUUAAUAAUUGUAGUUUAAAAAACAAAUGCUUUGUGAUGUGGCUUAUAACGUCAUUCAUUGUAAAAAAGAAAGAAAAAGUGUACAGAAGAAUUUGUCUUCAGAAGAAUAUGUAAAAAGUACUCAUAGCCAUACAUUUUGUGAUGGACAAGAUGCAGAAAAGGUGAUUUUUUUACAUUGCAUUUCCCAUGAUGUUUUUUACUAUUUAUUUAACCUGACCUCAUUUACAUUCUAUGAUGAAUUUGUUUUUGCCUGUAGGAAUUUGAACAUUAU